CCCAUCGUGGUGCACAAAACCCACGCUUGAGGACUGACAGAAUAAUUUCGAACGAAUGAAUCGAUGGAAUGGAUUGUUCCUGCUCCCUUCCUUCCCAUCAAAAACAACAAGCAAAAGGUUGACUGCUCGACAACGAGCACGAGAACAGAGGCUGCUGAAGAACGGGGACGUACCACUGCGGUAUCAACAAAAGCURGUUCUGCACGCAUUCACACGCAGAGUGUUCGAAGUAACAAAGACAACAACUAUGGACGGAGAGAGCGGGGACAACGAGCUGGAUCGCCUCUUGGACAUUCUGAAGAAUCCCGAAAAGAGRAUUUUGCCACUUCURUGCUCUAACGAAGACGARGAYAAUGGGGAAGCGCCAAACAAGAACGACACGAUYUCGGAGCUCCUCGAGAUCUCGAAACGCCUUUUCCUGGACAUCGARWCCAUGGGAAAGCAGUAYCAGGCCCUGCACGAAGCGCAAAAGGCUUCACAACGGGGAGACGGCGAGCGUGACCGCAACCUCGACCCGCUUUCGUCKUCMUCGGUGCUCUCGGGCCUCCAAGAGCUGYACAUCCCUCCAGAUGUGGAUGUUACCGACACCGACCUUCCGGAAACCAUCUUUGGCCAGGUCGAUCUGCAGAACGUCGCUUUGGCGAAACUCGUCAAGAAAUCCACCAAGCGACUGAACGCCGCGAGCACGGACGGGGACGACGCCAUUCGGCUUCUWGACUUGAGCAUCGUGGACAGCGAUGGCGAUGAUGAUGACAGYGACAGCGAUAGCGAUAGCAACAGCGACGACAACAGCGACGACGGGGAAAAUGAGGCGAGCGAAGCCAACAGCGAUGACGAGGACGAGGACGACGAAGCCGAGCGCAUCCGCCGCCGUAUGGAACGCGCUAUGGAAGACAUGGAAGAAGAGGACGGAGACAGCGAUGGGGAAAGCACCGAGGGACCGGGAACAAGAAABCAAGCCGAGCCGAAGAAACCAGAGGAAGAGCUCUACGAUCCGGUCGCGGAGGACAUGAACGAUGGCUUUUUCGAUCUCAACGAAAUGGAGGAAUUCGCCGACGAAGAAGAGGACUUUCUGCCCAACGAGGCCUUUGGUCAACCCUCGGACGACGGGCSAGCGAAAAAACAGAACAAGAAAUCCUUCCACCAGCGGCAGAGGGAGGGAAUCCACAUGGACGACGACGACGACAGCGAUAACGAACUUGACAGUGACGACGACAGCGACGGGGGCGGACUUUACGAGGAAGUGARGAGAGACGUCAAGCGCAAAAAAUACCGCGACCAGGAGGACAUCGACGCGCUCUACGAGCUCUAUCAGGAAACAAAUCCKGAAGACGACGACGAGGACGAUCUCGACGAUGUAGUGAAUAUGACGGCGGCCGACUAUUUCGGUGCACCCCGGAGGAAUUACAUGGAACGAUACAAAAAGAACCAUCCCCCGGCGAAACCCAGCCCUAGAACCAAUGAUGGAGAUGACGACUCCUGGGGGGAGUAUGAUUUUGAGAAMGAGGACCAGGAGGGUUGGCGAGACGAAAAUARCGAUGAUGGAGACGACGACGACGAYGAAUUGGAAGACAUGAAAGACCCGGCACCCGGCGAGGGUGAAUCCGAGGAACUGGAAGCCCCGRGAAGAUCCAACGCCGACACCUCCCGCAAGCUCUCGAMKGAGGACGAAAAGCUGCGGAAGCAAACAGACGAGCUAGAGAAGGAACUCAUCAACGAAAAGCCCUGGCAGAUGAGGGGYGAAUCCAAGUCCGGAUCCCGCCCCGUSAAUUCCCUGCUGGAGGGGACCCCCGAGUUUGAAAUGGCGAGCAAGCAGGCCCCGAUCAUUACGGUAGAACACACGAUGAACCUCGAGGACGUCAUCAAGGCGCGGAUCCUCGCCGAGGACUGGGACGACGUUGUGCCGCGCGAGCUUCCGGACGUUGGCUGGAACCAGAAGAAGGGGGAGGCCCCCGAGGUAAGCCAGGAAAAGUCCAAGCUCGGUCUCGGAGAGCUCUACGAGCGCGAGUACCUGAAGAAGGCCGUGGGAUACGACAAGGACGCCGAAGAGAAGCAAACCGAGGAGGACAAGGCGAAGGACGAGAUGAAGAUGCUCUUUGCGAAUCUCUGCAGCAAGCUCGACGCCCUGUCGAACUACCACUUUGCCCCCAGGCCGAUCGCCGACGAAGCGGAGGCCAGGCCGGUCACCGUUCCCGCGAUUGCCAUGGAGGAGGUCCUGCCCCUCCAYGUCAGCGAUGCCCGAGGCGUGGCCCCGGAGGAAGUCUAUGCCACCAAGAGGGGGCGGGAGGGAAUCCUCCGUGCCGACAGCGAGAUGGACCGGGACGAUCGCAAGAGGCAGCGCCAGUCCAAGAAGGCGGCCCGCCGCAAGARACGAAAGGAAAAGGAGGCAGACGACAAACUCAUCUCGCGGCUGCAACCGGGGCUCGGACUCAACAACCCUUACGAGAAACGAAAAGCGAGGGAAGAGCUCGCUCUCGCGAGGUCGAGGGGCAAGGUCACGGAGGGAGAACGAGAGAUGGAUGGGAAAUACGGCUCCAGCGGGACGUUUUUCAAGCGGCUGCAGGCCGAGGCACAACAGACCAUACAAGAYCGGUCUUCCGGUCAAGACGACGCUCCGCAGAAAAAAACAAACCCCAGAUCCAGUGCCUACAAGCUGUGAGAAGAUUGGUCGAAUCGAAUUGCUAUUCCAUUUCUUGUACUGCGGUAGCAGCUCACUGCUGCACCAAUAAGAAUCAAGUCAUUUUUUCCACAAUCGUCGCAUUCAAUGUAGAAUAGAAUAKUCCUSUGCUU